CAGAGAGGACAAUUAGAGACCGAGUCCGCGCCAGUCGUCCCUGUAGUGUCAAGAUCCUCGACCAAUACAGAGGAAUGGCAAGAGCUGAAGGACAUCUCGCUGGAGGCCACAUGAGCUUUGUGAAACCAGUGGGACACCACGCGUGGAGAGAUGACCAACCCAUAGCUAUAGAUGAGGGGAGUGGAACCUCAACYCAGCAUGUUAUCGUGAUAGAGUCUGCAGAUGCAGAGGCUGCUGGUUCUGGAGGAUCGUCUCUGGUCAAACAGGAGAGKACUGAARGAGAGGACCCACGAGACAUCCAGACUAGAGCAGCGGCUGGAGUGGCGCCCCCUGUAGCCACCGAGGACCUCACCGCCUCGCCCCAGCCAAGGACCCGACGCAGCAUCACGGAGGUCAGUGGAAUGCUGGACGCCGUCCUCAAGUCAGAGACAGACACCGAGACUUUAACUGUAAUGCACAGGCGGCUAUUACACACAGGAUCUGACCACAGAUCAGACCCAGAGAUACUGGGGCUGAGGCGACUGGGCUGUCCUCCUGCUCCUGGCUUAGAGUAUUUACUUUAUGGUAACCCGAACACGAGGACGGUUCAUUCCCAUCGGGACUCAGGUUACGCGUUAGAGACUGGCAAUGAUCCGUCUUGUUCUUACACUACAGAGAUGGACCCUGGCAACAUGCCCUUGGGUUUAGAGACACAGACGGAUCUGUCUAGAGGGGACUGGAACCGGUACAGUAGUAGUGUGUACUCUGAAGGGUGCCUAGAUAAGAAAGGGGAGGUUAUAGUKGUAGAUGAGGUGACUGUGAAAGUGGAGGGCGACGCUCCUCUGACAUGGAAUGUGGAUGAGACUCACUUAGGGGAAGGACUCUCUCAAGGCAGAGCUUUAUUAGAUUACAGGGAAAGUUUAGAGACAAAUCCAAAUAUCGAGACCCACUCCCCUUUACAUGCGCUCAGGGAUCGCGACCUAGUGUCCACGUCAAUGGGGCCUUCCGAUUCACACGGCCGCAUCCUUUUUGAUCAGGUUUUGAACUCAAAGGACCAAGGGGCUCAGGUUUUGGGAGGGGGCGCAACAUCAGGCGGUAGUAAAGAUAAACCAUUCCUCUGCAUGCUCUGUAACAAAGGCUUCAGCUGCCUCCAGAAGGUGGAGAUCCACCAGAGGGUCCACACAGGGGUGAAACCCUUCAGCUGUACCCAGUGUCACAUGCGCUUCACUGAGGCUGGCAAACUGAAGAGGCACCAGAGGGUCCACACAGGGGAGAAACCCUUCAGCUGUACCCAGUGUCAAAUGUGUUUCGCCCAGGCUGGGCACCUGAAGAGGCACCAGAGGGUCCACACAGGGGAGAAACCCUACAGCUGCCCCCAGUGUCACAUGCGCUUCACCCAGGCUGGCAACCUGAAGAUGCACCUGAAGGUCCACACAGGAGAGCGGCCGUUCGCCUGUACGCACUGCGGGAAGAGGUUCUCAGAAAGGAGCUACCUCAGGAUACACCAGGGGCAGGGACACCAGGCGAGGCUCCUGUGGUGGUGUGACCAGGGGAGACUGAGCCUGCUGGUGCUAGCGAAUACAGCCGUGGCAGACAUCUGUAAACUCGUAGACGAUGACUAUGCAGUGUUUCGUUUGGAARUAACUCAAAGCCAGAAAGAAAACAGGACAUUACGGAGGAAACUACAGCUAUUGGAACAGAAGGUGACACGGGAGCGCACAGAGAGGACAAUGCGAGACCGCGUCCUCGCCAGUCGUCCCAGUAGUGUCAAGAUCCUCGACCGAUACAGAGGAAUGGCCAGAGGAAAUCUCACUGGAGGCUACAGGAGCUUUGUGAAGCCAGCAGGACACAAUACAUGGAGAGAUGACCAACCAAUCACUGUUGAUGAGGGGAGUGGAACCUCAACCCAGCACGUUAUCGUGAUAGAGUCUGCAGAAACAGGGGUUGCAGGUCCUGGGGUCAAGCAGGAGAGAACUGAAGGAGAGGACACAAGACUCAGCAGAGACAUCCAGACUGGAUUGACUGGAGCACCCCCUGUAUCCAGGGAGGACCCCGCCGCCUUGCCUCAGCCCAGGACCCAACACAGCAUCACGGAGGUCAGUGGAACGCCGAACACCGUCCUCAAGUCCGAGACAGACACCGAGACUUUAACUGUAACACACAGGCUCUUACCCACAGGAUCUGACCACAGAUCAGACUCAGAGAGACUGGAGCUGGGGCCACUGGGCUGUCCUCCUGCUUCCAGCUCAGAGUACUUACCGGUAUUUCACCAGAGCCAGAGGACGGUUCAUUCCUGUGGAGAUGGUGACGCGUUAGACACUGGUGUUGAUGACCUGCCUUGUUCUUACGCUACAGAGAUGGACCCUGGCAACAUAUCCUUGGAUUUAGAGACACAGACUCAUCUGUUUAGAGAGGACUGGAACCAGUACAGUAGUAGUGUAUACUCUGAAGGGUGCCUAGAUAAGAAACGUGAGGUUAUAGUGGUAGACGAGGUGAAAGUGGAGGGCGACGCUCCUACCACAUGGAAUGCAGAUAGUCACUUAGGAGACAGACACUCACAGGGUAGAGAUUUCUUAGAUUACAGAGAAAGCUUGGACACAAAUAUAAAUGUUGUCACCCACUCCCCUUUACACGCAUUCAGGGAUCGUGUCCCAGUGUCCACGUCGAUGGCAYCUUCCGAUUCACACGGCUGCGUCGUUUUCGAUCAAGUGUUGAACUCAAAUGACCAAAGGGCCAUGGCUCGUGGAGGGGGAGCAACAUCCGGCAAUAGUAAAGAGAAACGGUUCCUCUGCAUGUUCUGUAACAAAGGCUUCAGUUGCCCACAGAAAGUGGAGAUCCACCAGAGGGUCCACACAGGGGAGAAACCCUACAGCUGUACCCAGUGUCAUAUGUGCUUUUCCCAGGCUUGUCACCUAAAGAGGCACCAGAGGGUCCACACAGGGGAGAAACCCUACAGCUGCCCCCAUUGUGAGAAGAGGUUCUCCCGCCAGGACCAGCUGAAGAUGCACCUGAAGGUCCACACGGGAGAGAGGCCAUUUGCAUGUACGCACUGCAGGAAGAGGUUCUCAGAGAGGAGCAACCUCAGGAUACACCAGCAGAAAAACCAUUCCACUAUGAAGGGUCCAGAGGUGCUGCUGGUGAAGGAGGAGGGGUGUGGGGAGGKUCUGGGGAACCCUGAGGGGAACAUGGUCAUGGAGGACAACCAGACUACACCUCCUUCUGAACCCACAGAGGAACCAGCUGAGCAGCACAGGACCACACACAGUCUCACUGAGUCAGUAGACAUGGAGGAUGGGAAGCCUGAUCUGCUGCUAGUCAAAGAGGAGACAAUAGAGGAUGAACCAGAGAGCAUUGACCUCCUGAGUGGACUAAAGCUGGGGGUGCAAGGUGGUUGGCUGGAUGCUAACAGAGAUUGGGCGGCCAUCUUGGAUUCCCAGACCCAGACCGGUCCAGCCAAAGGCCUAAGGGGCAACUUCACUGAUCAGGCCAGGACUAGAAGCGAUAUAAUAGAGGUCAGUGGAUUGGACAGCGUCUUCAACUCUCGUCUGGGGAACAACACUGUUAACCACAACCAGAAACUGACAGUCGAACACAAAACAACCGAAUUUAGUCUCCAUGACAACAUACUGGCUGAGACCAGGGCGAGACGUAGAUUUGGUCUGCAGGGUUGGGUAGGUGUCCGUAUGCAGCUGGAGAGAACAGACACAGACUCUGCUAGCGAUGCUCCAUCCUGCUCCUAUAGUUGUGAUUCAGAGAGACUGAUGGUGCCUCAGGUUAACCCCCUAACAGGUGCUGCCUUCAGCCUGCCUUCUAUAGGAUCUAUCAACUGGAACAUGGACCCUGCGACAACACAGACACUCCCUGGCGCUUGUCCUCCUCACACUCUCCUAAUGUUAAACCAGACCUCAGACAAUGCCAGUGCCUCAACACUAAAUGGCUACACAAGCCCAUUGACAAAUGACAGUAGUGGAGAUGGAAUCUGUAAACCUGGCAGCGCCAAAGAGAAGCGCUUCCCAUGUUCAUUCUGUGGGAAAGCAUUCAGUUUUCCCAAACAGGUGGAGAUCCACCAGAGGAUGCACACUGGGGAGAAACCAUUCAACUGUACCCAGUGUCAAAUGCGCUUUGCCCGGGCUGGCCACCUGAAGAGCCAUCAGAGAGUCCACACAGGGGAGAAACCCUUCAGCUGCCCCCAGUGUGAGAAGAGGUUCUCCCACCAGCACCAGCUGAAGAGGCACCUGAAGGUCCACACGGGAGAGAGGCCGUUUGCAUGUACGCACUGUGAGAAGAGGUACUCGGAGAGGAGCUACCUCAGGUUACACCUGCAAAAAAUGCACACGGCCUGUGUAUAGUGACAUGUAAUGUAGUUCUAUUUUUUUUACCUUUAUUUAACUAGGCAAGUCAGUUAAGAACAAAUUCUUAUUUAUAAUGACAGU